AUCUGAUUCUUCGCCUCGCAAACUUCUCAUUAUUCACGCGGCAGUCCGCCUCGACGGCAGAAAGAAAUCUCUCUCCCACAUUCUCCCUUCCUCUCUCUCUAUCCUUUAUAUGGCUGUUGUCCAACAAGGCCACAACAACAGCACAGGCUAGCUGGCCUCGAUUGAAACCAUCAAUCCAACCAAUUUAGUAGAGCAUGACGAUGAUGCUGGGCGUGUCAUCCAAGGGGAAGUUAUGGACUCGGCCGUGGAGAUGGGCCAAGACCCUCUUCUUCCUGCUAACCAUGGUGGCCUCCCUUCUCGUGGUCUGCGCCCCUCCUCUUUUAAUCGUGGUUCUCGACCUCCUGGUCCCAACCGCCCUGCUAUCCACCUCGUCUGAUCCACUCUUUGCCGCCGCACCGCUCGCAGCCCAGCUGAAGGAUUUCAAUUUCCGGACUUCGCUGGUCGACGUGCCCAUCAUAUCUGCAGCCAGAUCACUCCUCAUCCUAUGUGUUUAUGUGGUUUGUGGCGGACGGGGGCUGUACCUGGGGGUGGCGACGCUGUGUGGUUUCGGCUCGAUGGGGUACGUGUUGGCUAAGGGCAUUGGGAUGUACCGGGCGGCGGCCUCGGUGCAAGGGGGAGGGAGCCACGUGAGGGUCGUUGAGGGGAUGGACGGCGCGGCGAUGGAGGGCUUGUUUUUUAGCUCGGUGGCGCUGGCGAUGGCUCACAUCGUGGUGGCCUACCGGACCCUCUCCCGGGAGAGGCGCAAGUUGCUUGUCUACAGAAUUGACAUCGAAGCGGUGGCAACCGGUAAAAAUGACUUCCCUAGCUACCAUAAAAUUGCACUUAGCAAGUGAAGCCAAGAAAGAUUUUUGCAGCUCUGAAGGGAGCCAUGUCCAAGGAGCAUGUACAUUGCAAGGAAGCUUUCAAUGUUACGUGCCAAGAUUUAUUUCAAACCGUUCCAUUUAAAAUCGAAGUGAUUUUCCGACCAUUUGCUUUCCUGACACAGCUAUCAGUUGUAAGUAGUCAAUUUUGUAGCCGUAUGAUAGCUGUGUACAUUCAUAUGUGUAUUCAUCUCACAUACAUGUAUUUUAUUCGAUAAUAGUUUGUAUAUAUAUAUAUAUUCUUGAUCAUCGUUUU